CUCUCAUAGUUUUUCUUUUCCGUUAUUUUCAAGUAGUUUUGUUAUCUGAUUAAGUGUUUUUUAUUAUCUCAGAAACAUAAAUGUAAACUCAAAUUUUAAUAGCAUCUAUCUGUUACUUCGAGUAUUGUUUUCUAUGACUGAACAUCUAAAUAGGGCUGAAAAGUUCAAAUUGCUUAAUGCGAUCAAAUUUCCAAAAAGAAAAAAAAUGGCUUAUAACAAGAAUCGAGAUUUUGAUGUUGUUAUUUUUGGUGCUAGUGGAUUUGUCGGUCAGUAUGUUAUUGAAGAAUUGGCUCAUUCUUCAAUAUCGUCAAAAUUAAAGUGGGCUAUCGCAGGAAGAAAUAAGGAAAAAUUGAGAGAAUCCCUUAAGAUUGUUCAAGGAUAUCUUGGAAAAGAAAUAGAUAUUACAGAGACUCCUUUGAUAGAAGCAGAUGUUAACAAUGCAUUAUCAUUAUUAAAUCUAUGUAAAAGAACCAAAUUGAUACUCAAUUGCGUGGGACCAUAUAAUUUGUAUGGGGAGGCAGUAAUAAAAGCCUGCAUUGAAGCUGGAACUCAUCACAUAGACCUCAGUGCUGAAACAAAGUAUUUAGAAGAAACGCAAACGCAAUACUUUCAAGCUGCUCGAGAAAAAAAUGUAUACAUUGUGCUAGCUUGUGGAAUGGGAUUUCUUAUUGAUGAUUAUGGAAUUAGUGCCUUAAAGAAACAUUUCCCUGGGGAUUUGAAUGCUGUGGAAUAUUUUGAAACUUUAAAAAUAGGACCUGACCUCUAUGUCGAUUUCAAGCAAGCAUAUGAUUCAAUAAAUAGAGAAUUGAUGCUAUGGACCUUACACGAGUUUAUCAUCCCUCAUAAAAUAAUCAGGUUGAUUAGAAUGACAACUUCAUCUACUAAAACGAAAGUAAAGGUACAAAAUAAAAUGUUCAGGGAAUUUGAUAUUGUGGCUGGAUUGAGACAGGGUGACAUUCUGUCAACCUUGUUGUUUAAUGUAUGCCUUGAAAAAGUGAUGCGUAACACGGUAUCAAAUAGAGGAGGUACUAUUUUUAAUAGAACGAAACAAGUCCUUGCUUUCGCCGAUGAUGUAAUAUUGAUAGCAAGAAGUAAAAAUGCACUUGUUGACCUUUUUAAAGUCUUAAUUAAAGAAGCUAGUCUUUUUGGUUUAGAAAUAAAUAGUGAUAAGACCAAAUACAUGAUAAUGGAUUGUAGGGGAAAGUAUAUAGACACAGAACUACAAAUCAAUGAAAUUACAAAAUUUGUGAGAGUUAGGGAAUUUAAGUACUUGGGUUCAGUUGUCACUGAAAACAAUGGUAUUAUGCCAGAGAUUAAGCAAAGGCUAAAUGCUGGAAAUCGCAGUUAUUUCGCACUUGAGAGAUUGCUGACAUCAAAAGAAAAAGAUAUAAUCAACUAUGUAAAAGCAAAGAGAAUUCAAUGGCUAGGACACCUUGAGAGAAUGGAAGAAAACAGAGGCACUAAGAAGAUAUUCAAGGGGCAGUGCCAGGGCCAAAGGAAAAGAGGAAGGCCGGUCAAAAGAUGGUUUGACGAAGUGGAAAAAGACCUUAAGACUCUAAAAUUCCGAAACUGGAAACAAAGAGCUAGAGACAGGCGACUUGGAGGAAAAUUGUUAGUGAGGCCAUGGUCCAACAUGGACUGUAAUGCCAGGGAAUAUCCCCCAAUUUUUUAUAGUUCUGAAGAGAAACGUUGGUGUGUUUGGCUUCUUUAUGCAAAUUCCAGAUGCCUUCAACGAAGUCAAUUAUUUCGAUACAACUACUUGAAUGACAGACCUAUUAUGUCACAGAGCUACGUUUCGAUGCCACAUUUUUUCAUGGUACUUAUAGUAGCAAUCUACGCCAUAUUUUUAGUAAUUAUGACAAGAUUUUCAUUCGGCCAAAGUCUCCUUGCUAAGUAUCCGUCAUUUUUUUCUGCUGGCAUAUUUUCAAGUGAGGGUCCAACUCGAAAGCAGGUAAUGGAGAGUGGAUCUAAAUUUACUUUUUACGGACAAGGAUGGAAAGAAAAACUGUCAAAUCCUACUGAUCAGCACAAUACAAAACCUGACACCAGGAUGAAACUCACUAUAACAGGACCAGAACCAGCGUAUCCUUUAACUGCAAUGUGUAUGGUGCAGGCUGGUCUGACAGUUCUUCAAGAGCAAGACAAAAUACCUUUGCAGGGAGGUGUUCUUACUCCUGGUGUGGCUUUUGAAAAUACAUCUCUUCAGAAAAGAUUAGAGAAACGUGGUGUAACUUUUAAAUAUGAAAAUAUUCACUAAAAACCUUUAUUUUAUAUACAUUUUGUAGAACAAGUAAAUCUCUAAUUAAAGAAAUGGAUUCAAAAUAA